GAUGUGUGUCAGAGCGGCGGCGGGGCGGGCCCGGUGCGGUGCCGGGGCUCGCCGCCGCGAUGAACAGCGUGGGGGAGGCGUGCACCGAGCUGAAGCGCGAGUACGACCAGUGCUUCAACCGCUGGUUCGCGGACAAGUUCCUCAAGGGCGACAGCGCCGGCGACCCCUGCGGGCAGCUCUUCAAGCGCUACCAGCUCUGCGUGCAGAAAGCUAUCAAGGAAAAGGACAUACCCAUUGAAGGCCUGGAGUUCAUGGGCCCAAGCAAAGGAAAAACUGAAAACUCCUCUUGACCUCAGCUGCAUGGAUGGAGUCACUAAUAGGAACCUUUGAACUAAGCAACACCACCCGGCAGACGGCUCGACGCCACCUGGAUAUGACCUUUGUUAAAGCUGCUUUCUAGAAGCCAGGAACCUUCUCUGCUUCAUAAAAAAAAAAAAAAGGCAAAAAACGACUGGAUGAUGUGGUAGCUGCCUCCUUUUUGGUGAAUUUUGGUGGUGGUUCAGCAUCUAACAGCGUGAAAAGCCCUUUGAACUAACUUCCCAUUGAAUGUACUCUCUAAUGGAAGAAUGCUUCUUAGAGUGGGCUGAGGUAGUAGUUGCUUUGUGACUGAUUUCUCUUGCUUAUUUAUAUAACACUUGAAAGUGUUUAAAAAAUAAUAUGAAAGAGGUUGAUUUACUUUGUCUCCUCUCUGUGCUGCUGAAUUUUGGUGGAAGAAGUUUGGUUUAUAUGAUCCUGGAUGCUGAGGGGCUAAACCAUGGUUUUGUAUCAGCAACAGAGAUGGUAUAAAAGCACCCUAUUGGACCUGCAGUAACUUAGCUCCAAUAAAUAUAACCAGGUUAUGUUUUGUUCAAGUAAUAACUGUCUAGUAGAAUCUGAUUGUGACCUCUAGGAGGG